AACAACAUCAGGCUGACGUCACAGCUCCAUUGUCCUCAUGCUGAUGCUAACAGGCUAACAGGAGAGCUGCUGCUAACAGGCUAACAGGAGAGAAAACAGACACAAGAUGGACCGAGGUGUGAAGCGGCGGCAGGUGAAGCCCCUCGCCGCCUCCCUAUUGGACGCCUUGGAUUAUGACAGCUCCGACGACAGUGACUUUGAAGUGGGCGACGCCACAGGAUCUGACGGCACAGGAAACGGCAGCGAUGAAGAGGAGGGAUCCAAAGCGAGCGCCGCCGGAUCAGAAAGCGACUCAGAAAACGCCGGCUCUGCAGACGAAGCUAUCGACGAGAACGAAGCCAAAGACUUGGCAGCGGACGAAAAUCUAACGGAAGAGGAACACAAAUCAAAACAACCGCCUUCUUCCUCCGAUGGAUCCACGAAAGAAACCCCUAUUGUUCCAGCGACUAAAAGCAGACGGAAGAGCAAGAAAACGUCCGGUCCAGAGCCGGAAAAAGACCUGGAAAAAGACCUGGAAAAAGACCUGGAAAAAGACCUGGAAAAAGACCUGGAAAAAGAGCCGGAGUCCGAAUCAACGUCUGGAAACACGGAGGAAAAUCAAACCGAGACGAAAAAGUGGAAUUUCAGGAGGAACCGACCUCUUCUGGACUUCACCACCAUGGAGGAUCUGAACGAAAUGGACGACUACGACAGCGAGGACGACAACGACUGGAGACCGAGCGUUGGGAAGAAGAAGGGAAAGACUGGGGGUCAGAAAGGAGGAGGAGAUGAGGAGGAGGAGGGAGGCAGCGCUAGUGACGACGAUGAUGAUGACGAUGAUGAUAAUGAUGAUGAUGACGACGACGACGAUGAUGAUGAUGAUGAUGACGAUGAUGACAAGGAGGAUGGGCAGGAGAACAGUAACAACAACAAAGAUACUAGCAGUGACAGUGACAAAGACUUGAAGAAACCCAAGAAGAAGACGAAGAGCAGCAAUGCCUUCGAUGAAGAGCUGACCAAUGACAGCAUGUCUCAGGGGAAGAGCAACGAGAUUUCCCAGGAUGCUUUGCUGGACCGCGCUCAGACCUGGACGGCUCAGCACAUCCUGAUCUGCUGCGUCUGUCUGGGAGACAACAGCGAGGACGCAGACGAGAUCAUUCAGUGUGACAACUGCGGGGUGACCGUGCACGAGGGAUGUUACGGUGUGGACGGAGAGAGCGACUCCAUCAUGAGCUCGGCGUCGGAGAACUCGACGGAGCCGUGGUUCUGCGACGCCUGUAAGAACGGAGUCACUCCGAGCUGUGAACUCUGCCCGAAUCAAGACGGCAUCUUCAAAGAGACAGAUGCUGGGAGAUGGGUGCAUGUGGUUUGUGCGCUCUACGUUCCCGGAGUGGCGUUCGGAGACAUCGAUAAACUGCGACCGGUGACUCUCACAGAGAUGAAUUAUUCAAAAUAUGGAGCCAAGGAAUGCAGUUUCUGUGAGGACGCUCGUUUCUCCCGCACCGGGGUCUGCAUCAGCUGCGACGCCGGGAUGUGCCGCUCCUAUUUCCACGUCACCUGUGCUCAGAGGGAGGGGCUCCUGUCUGAGGCUGCUGCAGAGGAGGAUAUCGCUGAUCCGUUCUUCGCGUACUGCAAACAGCACGCAGACCGCUUCGACAGGAAGUGGAAGAGGAAGAACUAUCUGGCGCUCCAGUCUUACUGUAAAGUUUCUCUGCAGGAGAGAGAGAAGCAGCUCACGCCUGAAGCUCAGGCCCGGAUCACCACUCGUCUCCAGCAGUAUCGGGCCAAAGCAGAACUCUCCAGAAACACCCGUCCUCAGGCCUGGGUUCCUCGAGAGAAGCUGCCGCGACCUUUGACCUCCAGCGCCUCGGCCAUCAGGAAGCUGAUGAGGAAGGCGGAGCUUAUGGGCAUCAGCACCGACAUCUUCCCCGUGGACACGUCGGAUGCUAACGCUAGCAUGGACGGCCGCAGGAAACACAAACAACCUGCGCUCACUGCGGACUUCGUGAACUACUACAUGGAGCGGAACAUGCGCAUGAUCCAGAUCCAGGACAACAUCUCGGAGCAGAAGAGCCUGAAAGACAAGCUGGAGAGCGAGCAGGAGAAACUGCACGUGGAGUACAACAAGCUGUGUGAGUCUCUGGAGGAGCUGCUGAAUGUGAACGGAGAUCUGCGCAGUGAGGGCCAGGCCGUGUGGACUCUGCUGGGGGACAUCAUGGGACAGAAACUGAACACCCCUGCUGUUCUGAAAGCCCCAAAGGAAAGGAAGCCCAGCAAGAAGGAGGGAGGAACAACAGGGAAGGCCUCCAGCCUGCCAGCGAUACUCUACAGUUGUGGCAUCUGUAAGAAGAACCAGGACCAACACCUGCUGGUUCUGUGUGACACCUGCAAGCUGUACUACCACCUGGGCUGCCUGGAGCCGCCUCUCACACGCAUGCCCAAGAAGACCAAGAACAGCUACUGGCAAUGCUCAGAGUGCGACCAGGCCAGCAGCGACGAGGCUGACAUCGCCAUGGAAACGCUGCCGGACGGCACCAAGAGGUCGCGGCGGCAAAUCAAAGGACCAAUCAAAUUCAUCCCUCAGGAGAUGUCCCCGGAGCCCAAGAAGCAUCAGAGAACCAGAGGUCAGAAGAGGAAAAGAGUUGCUAUCGGUGACGACAGAGACGAUAAAACUGAGGAACCGAUGCCACGGGAACGCCGGCAGAGACAGUCGGCUCUUCAGAAAAAACCGAAAGCGGACGAUACGAGGACCGAAUGCACGAGCUGCAGCGGGCCGGGAGACAACGAGAACCUCGUCAGGUUGUGAGAGCCGGGGCAGAUCCUCCCCUCCCAUUGGCUUAGAGACAGAGAGAGGGACACAAAAUGAGUCACGAGACGUCACCAAACAUCGCCCGACACCAAACAUCGCCAAAAAUGAGUCCAAACAUCGCCCGACACCAAACAUCGGCCAACGAACACUGAACGCACCGCGGGAGGUCCUGAAACCGCUGGACUCUUAACGAGGAACUGUUUGUCAACAGAUGUACUCGAGUUACUGCAUCUCAAACGUCUUUGACCAAUUUAGAAAUGAGUCAUGUAUGUAUGUAUGAAACCACAAGCAACCAACGCUAGUUAGGGUCGAAUUAGACAAAAACAAUGGACUAAAGGACAGAUGAUGAAUGCAACUACGAGAAACCGCCUUUUGAGUCUUCUUGUCAACAGAUGUAGCUCAAGUUGUCUUCAUCUCAAACGUUUUUGACCAAUUUAGAAAUGACUUAUGUACGUAUGUAUUAAACCACAAAUAACCAACGAUAGUUAGAGUAGAGUUAGACAAAAAGGUCAAAUGAUGGAUGCAACUGUCCGAAAAUAAGUUUGAAAGAGAGUCCUUGUGUCUGUACUUUUAUCAUGUGAUGUGUUUACGUUAGAAAUAGCAUGUUAGACGGUGAGGGACCCAUCAGCUAUGGAGUGGAAAUCACUAAGAUGAUGAUUAUACCCUGAAAGAGUCAUAAAGACCACUGAGGAAGCACCGGAGAAGCAGCUUUCUAAUGUGACGUUUGAGGGUUAUAGGUUUGUCCAAUGUUUCUCCUUUGCUAGAAACUGAAUGAAGGACUUGAAGCUUGAGAAAGAUCAGAAACAUACCGCCCAACGAACACUGAACGCACCGGGAGGUCCUGAAACCACUGGACUCUUAAUGAGGAACCGCCUUUUUAGUUUUUUUGUCAACAGAUGUACCUCGAGUUACUGCAUCUCAAAAGUUAUUAAGAAAUUAGUCAUGUAUGCAUUAAACCACAAAUAACCAACGCUAGUUAGGGUAGAGUUAGACAAACAGGUCAAAUGAUGGAUGCAACUGUCCCAAAACGACUUUGUAAGAGUGUCUUUACUUUUUUCAUGUGAUGUGUUUACAUUAGGAAUAGCAUGUUAGACGGUGAGGGACCCAUCAGCUAUGGAGUGGAAAUCACUAAGAGGAUGAUUAUACCCAUGAAAGAGUCAUAAAGACCACUGAGGAAGCACCGAUUUCCACCAAGAAGCAGCUUUCUAAUGUGACGUUUGAGCGUUAUUGGUUUGUCCAAUGUUUCUCCUUUGCUAGAAACUGAACGAAGGACUUGAAGCUUGAGAAAGGUCAGAAACAUACCGCUCAACGAACACUGAACGCACCGGGAGGUCCUGAAACCACUGGACUCUUAACGAGGAACCGCCUUUUUAGUUUUUUUUGUCAACAGAUGUACCUCGAGUUACUGCAUCUCAAACGUUAUUUGACCAAUUUAGAAAUGAGUUAUGUAUCUAUGUAUGUAUUAAACCACAAAUAACCAACGCUAGUUAGGGUAGAGUUAGACAAAAACAAUGGACUAAAAGGUCAAAUGAUGGAUGCAACUGUCCGAAACGACUUUGUAAGAGAGUCCUGGUGUCUGUACUUUAUAUUGUGAUGUGUUUACGUUAGAAAUAGUAUGUUAGACGGUGAGGGACCCAUCAGCUGUGGAGUGGAAAUCACUAAGAUGAUUAGCCAUGAAAGAGCCAUAAAGACCACUAAGGAUGCACAGUUUCCUCCUAAGAAGCAGCUUUCUAAUGUGACGUUUGAGGGGUGUAGGUUUUUCCAAUGUUUCUCCUUUGCUCGAAACUGAAUGAAGGACUUGAAGCUUGUAAAACGUGCUGCUAAAAACGUGUUCUCUAUACCUAUGGAGCCUUGAAGACCACUGAAGGUGAACCAGAAGAAUCAGCUUUCUCGAACAAGCUCAGACCACCCUAAAUAAUUGUGUUGAAAUGCGACAUUUAAAAGUAGUGAGUUCCUCCAACGUCUCUCCAUUGCUAGAAACUGAGUUGAAGACUUUUAGCUUGACAAGCGUCAGAAUCGUAUCUGAUUUAUCGUGUUCUGAUAACGCCUCCCUAAGCCUAAUGAGCCUUGAAGACCACUGAAGAUGAACCGUUAUCCACGAAGAGUAGCUUUCUAAAAAAAUAAACCCGCAUAAUUCCCCUUUUUCAGGAGCCUUAAGAUUGUGUUGAGCUCGAUGUUUGACGGUUUGCAGUUCGUCAACGUUUCACCAUUACUAGAAAUUGAUCUUUAGCUGUCAGAAUGGUCCAGAUUCAAAACGUGCUCUCUGUGUCUAAUGAGCCUUGAAAACCACUGAAGAAGAACCGUUUUCCACGAAGAAGCAGUUUUUCUAAAAAGCUAAAACUCCCUUUUCACAAGAUCCUAAAGAUUGUGUUGAAAUCUGAUAUAAGUUCGUCUGAAGUCUUUCCUUUUCUAGAAACUGGUAGAAGCACUUUUAGUUUGGAAAGACAUCCUGAAGCAUUGCUUUUUUAUUGUCGUCUGACAUCUCCUCUCCAACAUGUAUUUUAAUUACUUUAAAUCAACUUUUGUUUAAUGGCUGGGUUUUCUGCACUCUUAACCUCCCCAUCAGAACCAAUCAGUAUUGACUGAUCUGCCAUCCAAUCAUUUCAGUGUCAAUUGGGUUAAUUAGAAACACUCAAACAAAAAGCUCUCUCAGAUUUGAUUGUUGUGUUUGUGUUUUAAGGACAAGGAAAGUGUUUGUGUCUAGAACAGCCAACUCAGUAAGUUAAUGCUACCGUUUAGCAUCUGUAGUUUAGUUAGAGGUAAUAGCUCUUAGAUUUUAGAAGUGUUUCUCUGUUUCGUAGUGACAGUUAAACUGAAAGGUCGUCAUAAGGAAGUCCAGUUCUGUCUCUGAGCUUUUAGACCAGUUCUGUCUCUGAGCUUUUAGACCAGUUCUGUCUCUGAGCUUUUAGACCAGUUCUGUCUCUGAGCUUUUAGACCAGUUCUGUUUCUGAGCUUUUAGACCAGUUCUGAGUCCAAGUUCUUAGACCAGUUCUGUUUCUGAGCUUUUAGACCAGUUCUGUCUCUGAGCUUUUAGACCAGUUCUGUCUCUGAGCUUUUAGACCAGUUCUGUCUCUGAGCUUUUGGACCAGUUCUGUCUCUGAGCUUUUAGACCAGUUUUGUCUCUGAGCUUUUAGACCAGUUCUGUUUCUGAGCUUAUAGACCAGUUCUGUUUCCAAGUUCUUAGACCAGUUCUGUCUCUGAGCUUUUAGACCAGUUCUGUUUCUGAGCUUUAGACCAGUUCUGUCUCUGAGCUUUUAGACCAGUUCUGUUUCUGAGCUUUUAGACCAGUUCUGUCUCUGAGCUUUUAGACCAGUUUUGUUUCUGAGCUUUUAGACCAGUUCUGUUUCCAAGUUCUUAGACCAGUUCUGUCUCUGAGCUUUUAGACCAGUUCUGUUUCUGAGCUUUUAGACCAGUUCUGUCUCUGAGCUUUUAGACCAGUUCUGAGACCAGUUCUGUUUCUGAGCUUUUAGACCAGUUCUGUCUCUGAGCUUUUAGACCAGUUCUGUUUCUGAGCUUUUAGACCAGUUCUGUUUCCAAGUUCUUAGACCAGUUCUGUUUCCAAGUUCUUAGACCAGUUCUGUUUCCAAGUUCUUAGACCAGUUCUGUUUCUGAGCUUUUAGACCAGUUCUGUUUCCAAGUUCUUAGACCAGUUCUGUCUCUGAGCUUUUAGACCAGUUCUGUUUCUGAGCUUUUAGACCAGUUCUGUCUCUGAGCUUUUAGACCAGUUCUGAGACCAGUUCUGUUUCUGAGCUUUUAGACCAGGUUCUGUCGCUGAGCUUUUAGACCAGUUCUGUUCUGAGCUUUCGGACCGUUCUGUUCUGAGCUUUCGGACCAGUUCUGUCUCUGAGCUUUUAGACCAGUUCUGUCUCUCAGCUUUUAGACCAGUUCUGUUUCCGAGCUUUUAGACCAGUUCUGUUUUGGGUCCGGACUCCAGAGAAACUCCCUCCUCAUGCAUGGCUGUAUCUAUUUAACCUGUACAGUAAAUUACAUGUGUCCAAAUGUAGAGUCUGAAUGCAGGUAGUGACGUUGUGUGUACAGUAUUUAUUGAAGAGGCCAUGUACUUUUUCGUGCCUACAAACGUGAUUUAUAUCUCAUGGUGUUGAGUUGAACUCUGAUUUUUUUUAAUGCAUUAUUAAACGUUCUUUUAAUU